AUUAGGAGGGUGAUCUCUAAGUUCAACCUCAGCCAUGGCUUCCCUCUGAAAAUGUCAACAGCACUUUCUCUUGAUUCAAAUUUCUCCUUAUCCAUCUUAAGACACAAAGUAACCACAAAGCAAUGUCUGCAUUGUCAUACUCUUUACAAAUUCCAGCAUUACUGGGCCCAUUCCCGUCAAGAAAGUGCCAUAACAAAAUUCAAAUUCCACUUCCCAAACUCCUUCAGCACCAACUACCUUCUCAAUUGUCGUUCAUCCCUCAAAGAACCUUCCAGUGCUUCUCUCAGAAGCAUUCCACCCAACAAGAAUUUGAAGUUGAAAGGCUCUUUUCUAAUGUUAACCAAGCCACCUUGAAAAGAGAACCUGGAAGUUUAUCCAGUGCCAUUUUUCUUGUUGCCGGUACAACGGUAGGUGCAGGGAUCCUUGCUAUUCCCGCGGUGACUCAAGAAUCCGGAUUUUUGGCCUCUGCGGUUGCCUGCAUUCUUUGUUGGAUUUUUAUGGUUGCGACUGGAUUGCUCAUUGCUGAAGUAAAUGUGAAUACAAUGUGCGAAUUAGGUUCUGGUGGUGUCUCUUUGGUAUCAAUGGCUAAGAGAACUCUGGGGAAUGUUGGAGUUCAAAUUGCAUGCUGGUCAUACAUAUUUAUACAUUAUGCUCUUCUCGUUGCAUACGUGGCGCGUUCUUCAGAUAUUUUGGCAAAUUUCCUUGGCAUUCCAUUAUGGGAGUGUGCUACCUUGUUCUCGUUGAGUUUGGGAGGUUUAUGCUACUCUGGAAGCCAACGCAUCAUAGGUGCAGUUAAUGGGGUUUUAGUAUUUGGAAUCAUCAUUUCGUUCACAGCUCUUGUGGUAGUUGCUUCUGGAGACCUGCACUGGGAUGCUCUACUGAAAGCCAAUUUUGAAGCUGUACCAAUGAGUGUACCCAUAAUCGCACUUUCAUUUGUUUACCAGAAUGUUGUACCUGUCCUUUGUACAAAUCUUGAGGGAGACCUCUCAAAAGUAAGGACUGCAAUUGUAAUAGGCACAGCUGUACCCCUUGGUUUAUUUCUUGUCUGGAAUGCUGUUAUUCUAGGAUCUAUUACAGGUCUUGAGACAGACUCAGGUCAGGUCAUUGACCCAUUACAGCAAUUGCGAUCUUCCAAUGGAAUUGUUGGACCUAUAAUUGAGUGGUUUUCAGUUCUUGCAAUAGCAACUUCUUACAUUGGAUUUGUUCUGGGCCUGGCUGACUUCCUCGCUGACUUGCUCAAACUUCCAACUGGUCAGAGCAGUCCUCAACCCUACUUGUUGACUUUGAUUCCACCACUGAUUCUAUCAUUACUAGAUCCGGAAAUAUUUUUCAAAGCGUUGGAUUUCGCUGGAACAUAUGGAGUGUUGGUGUUGUUUGGAAUCCUUCCUGCUGCAAUGGCUUGGUCAGAUCGGUACUCCAGUUCAUAUCCAUCUGUAAAAUUUCCAGAGCUUGUUCCUGGAGGAAGGCUUAGCCUUUCUCUCAUAAUGGGAGGUGCAGGAUGUGUCAUUCUGUCUGAAGUAUUUGAGAAAUUUGGGAGCUCAUCAAUGCCAUAGAAAAUGAAGAUGCCUGUGAAAUUGCCGCUGCUUCUAAAACCCAAGUGAUCCUAGGUUUUAUACUUCUAAGCCCUCAAAUCAGUUUGAACUAUGUUUAUUUGAUUUAACACUUAUUCAUUCAUAUGGAUAAUCAUUCAUUAGAGGAUUGGAUCUUAUUAUUCAUUUCUUUAUAGUAAAAUGAUAAACUCUGAUACGAAUUCAACACAAGAACAACAAAGAAUCAAGAGAAUUCUAGAGAGAGGUGGUCAUGUAUCUAUGAGAGAGGCAGUCCCAUCUGAUCACUGAAAACAUUCUGAAAUUGUUGUAAAAGCAGUUUGUAAUUCUGGCCA